CCGGGCUGUGCAAGAAUGAGCCGCGGGGGUGACACACCACGGCCAGAGCCUAUGUCAGGGGCGAGGACAGAGCGGGAUGGGGCGGCGCGGCCUGCGCGGCCCAGCAGAGCAGCCGUUGGGGGCCCUGCUCCAACUACAAGCCCCAGAAUGCACCGGGAGUGCCGUGUAUCCUUCGAACCGGCCAAUGAGGGCGCGAGGGGCGCGUCACGUGAGCGGGGCGCGCUUUCCAAGUGCGGGCGGGUGCGCGGCGCGGCUGGUGAGCUCGGUACUAUGGAGGAAAAAAAAGAAAUGUCAGCACAUAGCCAGAGUCAUGAGAUUGAAACAAAACUGGAUGUUUGCAUGAGCAAUGUUUCAGACUUUGAUCUUCUGACUGAUGAAAAGUUUGAUUUUGACCUUUCACUCUCUUCAACAAGUGGAAAUGAAGAUGAAGUUUUUGUUGGACCUGUGGGACACAAAGAAAGAUGUAUUGCUGCCAGUAUUGAAGCAAAAAAGUGUGUAUCUUCUUUUGAUGAUAAACUCAUGUGGAGCCCGCUUCAAGGAGAGAAAUUUGUGGAAAUUUUCAAAGAAGCUCGUUUGUUGGCACUGCAAAUAGAGGCUGGAAGCAAGGACACAGAGACCAAAAUAAGCCAAACAGAAGAACAGGAAAACAAGGCUGUAGAAACAUUUGUGGAGGACUCAAAGUCAAAGCUGAAGAUACUGAGAAACAAAACUAUAGACUUAAGUCCCAGGGCUGUUAAACGGGAAACAUACUGUGUGCAGGACAGCCCAGCAUGUCAGCUGCCACCUUGUUUUCAGAAGGCAUCGCAUGAACUUGUGACAGAUGGCCAAGUACAUGCUCUUCCUGCUCCUCCUGACAGAAGCCCUGUUAAAAUUUGUGUGUCUCCUACAAAAAAUGCCAGUUUGCCCCUGACAGAGGAACAGAAAACUAAGGAAACAAAUACAAAGGCAAUUGGCAAACUGCCAAUGGCAAGACCAUCAUCUACUUUUGGUAAAAGCAAUUUGUUGACAAUUGACAAGCUCAAACGAGGAAAAACUACAAGUAUUUCUACAAGAAGAGACUUAAACAGCAUGGGAUCAUCUGAAGAUGUAUUUUCUGAUAAAUCUAGUAUUGCUUUAGAUGCUGUUGAGUCUUCCUUCAGUAGCAGUUCCUCAGUGCAAGACACAAAAGUCCUUCCUGCACCAAGUAAGCCUGGCUUAAAGAAGAUGUCAUAUCUGAAAUGUCCUCGUGCUGUCAGCGGUCUCCCAAGAAAGGCUACAUCAUCAUCUUCAUCAUCAGUUUCCAGCAUGAACUCAAGUCUUAAUUCAAGUUUACCCAUUUCUCCUAUAGGCAAAAAAGGAAAAUCAAACUUGUCAUCAAAAGCUAGUGUGAGUGGCUCUAAGCUUCCAUCUGGUACAAGCAGGCUGGCCCUUGUCAGACCUACCACAGUGUCAUCUCUGCAGGCUGCCAAUACUGAGAAAUCCAAGAAGCAAGUGAGAUCAGCUAGUACUCCCAAAGUAUCUAGUGCUAUAAACCUGGCUAAAUCUUCAGCUUCUGCAACAUUAUCUGAGGCUGCAGGCAGUGGAAUUCAGAGACCAAGCUCUGUUCCCAGUCUGCAGCAGCUAUGUCAGCAGAAUAAAGAUGGGAUUUCAACAAAAGGAAGCCUGUGUCCAAAGCCCAAGGCUAGAGUUCUGUCUGCUUCAACAAGUCAAACUAAGGCUCCUGUGAAGACUCAAGAUGCAACACCAAACAAAUUGGCACAAAAAGCAGCACCAUCUCUUGGAUUAACAUUUUGUGGCACACCUGGAAGUGCCAUGGCAGUCAGCACUCCUAUGAAAGGCUCAGAAGAUAAGGUUUUCCAGGGGUUUUGUUUUCCUGAGAAGUCUGCCACCAUGACUCCUGCCAGUGUGAAGCGGUCUGGCCUGCCUACGCCUGUCCGUCGGCUCUCGGGGCUCCCAGCAGUGACUCCCAGAACUGUGCCCAGAGUGGCAUUCUCGCCACACGCUGCAUCUCUUCGGCAAAGCUGCAGCUUUUCUACCAAAAAGACUUUUACAGCUGGUCCUAAACAGAAACAAGAGAGUAAGACACAGACAUCUUCAGAGGAUGAUACAUCUCCUCCACCUGUGCCACCUCUUGUACUUAACUUCUCACCAGAGAAAACUGCUGCAGAAGGAGUAGAAAAUGCAUUAAAAGAGGCAGAAGUACAAAAUAAGCUGGCUGAAGUACAAAAUCAGCUGGCUGAGGAGAAACAACCUGAGGCUUUACUGCUAGAUAUUGGAGCAGACAAGUCUCUCCCACACACUUCUGAGUGUGAAAGUAGACCUUUGAUUGACCUUUCCAAUACUCCUGAAGUGAGUAAGAUUACUUCUCCAAAGCCUGUGUUAUCUGGACAGAUAAAGCUGAUUGAUUUGAGUUCUCCUCUUAUCACUCUGAGCCCUGAUGUAAACAAAGAAAAUCUGGAUUCCCCUCUACUCAAGUUCUGAAUCUGAAUUGAAGUAUUCUUAGCAACUGUGAUCUUUGAAGUGUUUUUGGUGUUAUUCCUCACUUGUAUAAUUUUUUAAGAUGGCUGUAGAUUUGUCUGAUGAGCUCCAUUAAUAAAAUAAAAUUCUAACUGUCUGAUAAUGGUUUUGUUCAUGGAUGUGCUGCAAUGGGUGUAUUUAAACUAUGUUGCUCUAA